GGUACGUAUUGUGCUUGCCUAUUGUCACCGUCUGAUUAGUCCAUUGGCCCCUUCCUACCCCUCUUCUCAAUUCUCUCCCUUCUCUUAUCAUUCCAUUUUAGCGGGGCUCAUGCGUCGUUUCUCCUCCACGCGGUUACCGCCGCUGGUACUAAACUCAGCAAAGAAGCCACCGCUUUCCUUCCCUUCCAGAAGGCCCCUCCUCUUCUCUCGCCCUCUAUCUGUCUCCUCAACUUCUGCUUCAUCCACCUCAUCCCCGUCCGCCAACCGAUUAUCCCGCCGUUCCCCCCUCUCCCAAAUCUCCAAGCGUUACUGCUCCUAUCGCAGGAUGUGUCGUCGCGCUGAUGUGCCUUCGGGCUCGACAAACAUCGCCCACGGUCGUGAGGUUCUGCCUACCAAUGUCAAACCAGUUCAUUAUGACCUGACUUUGGAGCCGAACUUCGAAUCUUUCACCUAUGAGGGUACCGUCGUCGUUGAUCUCCAAGUCACCGAAGACACCACCUCGAUUUCCCUCAACUCUAACGAGAUCGACAUCCAUACUGCCACUGUCUCCGCUGGGGGCUCUGUUGUGACCUCCAGCCCUGAGAUCUCUGUCAACAAGGAUACCCAGGUAGCUACGGUCAAGUUUGCCGAGACGAUCCCCACCGGAUCUUCCGCCCAACUGAAGCUUACCUUCACCGGUAUCCUCAAUGACAACAUGGCCGGCUUCUACCGGUCGUCCUACAAGCUGCCAAAUGGCGAGACCAAGUACAUUGCUUCGACCCAGAUGGAGCCCACAGAUGCCCGCAGAGCGUUCCCCUGCUUCGACGAGCCUGCUCUUAAGGCCAAGUUCACAGUGACUUUGAUCGCUGACAAGAGCAUGACCUGUCUAAGCAACAUGGACGUUGCAUCGGAGACUGAUGUCCAGGGCGGCAAGAAGGCUGUCAAGUUCAACACUUCCCCGCUCAUGUCCACAUACCUAGUGGCUUUCAUUGUUGGCCAGCUGAACUACAUCGAGACGAAGAACUUUCGCGUUCCUAUCCGUGUCUAUGCUACUCCGGAUCAGGAUAUUGAGCAUGGUCGCUUCUCGUUGGAUCUGGCUGCUAGGACUCUGGCCUUUUAUGAAAAGGCCUUUGAUAGCACUUUCCCACUUCCGAAGAUGGACAUGGUUGCCGUGCCGGAUUUCAGUGCAGGCGCCAUGGAGAACUGGGGUCUGAUCACUUAUCGUAUCGUCGAUGUGCUCUUGGAUGAGAAGAACAGUGGUGCUUCACGUAAGGAGCGUAUUGCUGAGGUUGUCCAGCACGAACUGGCUCACCAGUGGUUCGGAAACCUUGUCACCAUGGAUUUCUGGGACGGUCUUUGGCUCAACGAAGGCUUUGCAACCUGGAUGUCGUGGUACUCUUGCAACAGCUUCUUCCCCGAGUGGAAGGUCUGGCAAACUUACGUCAUUGAUAGCUUGCAGGGCGCGCUUUCCCUCGACUCGCUCCGUAGUAGUCAUCCUAUUGAGGUGCCUGUCAAGCGUGCUGAUGAGAUCAACCAGAUCUUCGAUGCCAUCUCCUACAUGAAGGGAUCUUCCGUCCUGCGCAUGAUCUCGAAGUAUUUGGGCGAGGAUGUUUUCCUCCAGGGUGUCCGUAACUACAUCAAGAAGCACGCUUAUGGAAACACCCAAACGGGCGAUCUGUGGGCUGCUCUCGCCGACGCGAGUGGAAAGCCUGUCGAGCAGGUCAUGGAUAUCUGGACCAAGAAUGUUGGAUUCCCCGUGGUCACUGUGUCUGAGGACUCUGGCAGCUCGUCCAUCAAGUUGACACAGAACCGCUUCUUGCGUACUGGUGAUGUCCGUCCCGAGGAGGACACUACUCUUUAUCCCGUCAUGCUGGGCUUGCGGACCAAGCAGGGCAUUGACGAAGACACUAUGCUGAACGAGCGUGAGGGCCAGUUCAAGGUGCCCGACCUUGAUUUCUUCAAACUGAACGCUGACCACUCUGCCAUCUACCGUACCUCCUACACUCCUGAACGGCUCACUAAGCUCGGCGAGGCGGCCAAACAGGGCCUGCUAACAGUUGAAGACCGUGCCGGUAUGAUUGCAGACGCCGGUGCCCUCGCUUCGUCUGGCUACCAGAACACCUCUGGUCUGCUCUCGCUUCUCAAGGGCUUUGACAGCGAAUCCGAGUUUAUUGUGUGGAAUGAGAUCGUGGCUCGCAUUGGUACUCUUCGCGCUGCAUGGCUCUUCGAGGAUAGCCAAGCCAAGGAUGCAUUGAAGGCAUUCCAGCGCUCUUUGGUCGGUUCCAAGGUUCACGAGCUUGGCUGGGAAUUCUCGGAAAAUGAUGGCCACAUCCUGCAGCAGUUCAAGGCCCUGUUGUUCAGCAGUGCCGGCUCGGCUGAGGACCCAGCCGUCGUCAAGGCUGCUCAGGAGAUGUUCGAACGCUUUGCUGCGGGCGACACCAGCGCCAUCCAUCCGAACAUCCGCGGUAGCGUCUUCAACAUCGUUCUGAAGAACGGUGGCGAGAAGGAAUACAAUGUUGUCUUGGACCGAUCCCGCAAUGCCCCUACUUCUGAUGAGAAGACCACCGCUCUGCGCUGCCUCGGCUCUGCGGAAGAUCCGGCUCUCAUCCAGCGCACCUUAGGGCUGGCCCUCAGCGAUGAAGUGAAGAAUCAGGAUAUCUAUAUGCCUCUGGGUGGUCUGCGCAACCACACCGCAGGUAUUGAGGCUCGCUGGGCUUGGAUGAAGAGCAACUGGGACGCUCUGUACAAGCGCCUGCCACCUGGACUUGGUAUGCUAGGCACUGUUGUUCAGCUCACCACUUCCAGCUUCUGCACUGAAGCGCAGUUGAAGGAUGUGGAGAGUUUCUUCAAGGAGAAGGAUACCAAGGGCUACGACCGUGCUGUUGAGCAGAGUCUUGAUGCCAUCCGGGCCAAGAUCAACUGGAUCAAGCGUGAUCGCGCUGACGUUGUAUCCUGGCUCAAGUCGAAUGGUUAUCUUCGCGAUGGCAAGCUGUGAGGCAUAUGGCACCAGCAAAAUAAGAUCAUGAGUUUAGCAUGACAUAAUGACCGUGGUGCAAGUAUCUUCUUGCCUCGGGCCUAGUCGAGCAAUUUUUUCGAACGACGCGGAUUAGGUUCCAGUGUAAACUAGAAAAUAUGAUAUCUCUACGUCACGUAUAUAGUACUUGAAUAGGGGAAUAUAAUUUGAGAUGUGAG